AGCUUGUGAGCCAAGGCUGCUUCGUGAGACGUGGUUUUGAACGGAAAUCGGUGCUUUUGGCCUAUAAAUGGCCCCGCUCAAACACGAAAAUGGACGUGACAGUCCCAGGAAACCAAAGUUUGAGCAAUUACAGGCCGAUCACGAGCUAUUUCUGCAGGCAUUUGAAAAACCGACCCAAAUCUACCGAUUUUUGCGUACCCGGAACCUGAUUUCGCCUGUUUUUUUACAUCGCACCCUUGCUUACAUGAACCCGCGUAUGUCCAGAAACCAUACUCGGCGGAAAGAUUUCAAAGUUGACAGCAUAUUAGAAAAAAUAACUGCCAAAAGAAAUGCGGAGAUUGAAACAGAAAGCUUGAAAGCUGGUUAUCUGAAUAUGAAAUUUACAGGUUUUUUCUACAAAAAGAGUAACCUGAAUGGUGAUGCCAACAGACUGCCUUCCACGCUUAGUGUGGAAGAUGAGUGCCAUAGUGUUAAAGUGGAAGCUUUACUAUUGAAAGUAUGUCAUAAAAAAAGAAAGGACGUUUCUUCGCCAAUAAUGAAAAUAUCCCUCGGCAAAAGUAACGUAGCUAUUAACCCUUUAAGCAGCAGCGUCAUCGCCGAAGAACUUAACACGUUAUCAAUUGCAAGUGAUAAGUUUAGCCACGCGAAUGGUCACACAGUGAAAUCCUACGUUCUUGUACUGAGGGUCAACUACCCGUUACCGACCCCGCCUCCAAUGAGUGAAACUAUGCUGAAUGGGGAAGACCAAGACAGUUACGAUGAGCCACCGAAGAAACGAAGCAAAGUUAGUAAAUACUCGUGCUUUGAGGAUGACGACAUCCAGUACAUAACGUAUGGAGCUGAGUUGGUCGUCUACGACAAACACCGACGAUGCUUACUGACAGAUGGGGAUUAUGAACUAGCUUUACAAGAAUUAGGGUCAAGGGUCAACAAUAGGAGAACUGCAUCGUGGGAGACAAUUAUGGAUGGAAAGCCAGUUGGUCCCUUUGAAGUAUUCAAUAUUGGUCCCACUUUGAAGUUCACGUUAUCAUGGAUGAGUACAGCGACUACUGAUCGACAGGUCUGCCAUGUGAGCAGGCAAUUACAUACCUCACCACAUAAAAGUCAUUCCAUCGUCACACCUGAAGCUAUGCAGAACGGUAACCAAGAAGAUGAACAGUCGGAAAGGGACAAAGAUUUGGCUGCUGUAGAAAAAUGUCGCAAAGAACUCAUCCAAGAACCAAGAAAAAAACAGCGCAUAUUUUAUCAAUUUUUAUAUAAUAAUAAUACAAGACAGCAAACAGAGGCUCGUGAUGAUUUGCAUUGUCCAUGGUGCUCACUGAAUUGUAUGAAAUUGUACAGUCUAUUAAAACAUCUCAAAUUAUGUCACAGUAGAUUUACGUUCACAUAUAUGCCUCAUCCAAAAGGUGCAAGAAUAGACGUGUCUAUUAAUGAACGAUACGAUGGAUCGUAUUCAGGAAACCCGCAAGAUUUAUUCACUGGUUAUGCGUUCAGUCGGAAUGGACCUUGUAGGAGGACGCCGGUUACUCAGGUUUUAGUAUUCAGACCUGGCAGACCCAGACCAAGCCUUUCAGAGUUUUUAGAGCCAGAUGAUAAAGAGGUAGAUGCAACCAGACCAUUUGUAUCCGGACAUAACAGGUUGUAUUAUCACACGCACACGUGUAUUCCCGUCCGCCCAGAGGAGAUUGAGGUUGAUAGCGAGGAGGAGACUGAUCCUGAUUGGUUACGGAAGAAAACUCAAUUGAUGAUUGACGAGUUCACCGAUGUUAAUGAGGGAGAAAAGGAAUUAAUGAAGUUGUGGAAUCUGCACGUUAUGAAACACAACUACAUCGCCGAUGGUCAGAUGCCUGUAGCGUGUCGACAAUUUGUGGUAGAUAAAGGAGAGGAGAUAAUCAGGAAGGAACUUUAUCGUAAUUUCCUGUUUCAUUUGGUUAACCUGUACGACUUCAGUCUUAUCAAUGCUUGCCAUAUAAACACUACAAUGGCCGUGCUUAACAAUGUACGAGACAAAAUGAAAUCAACUACGUCUGUUUGAUGUCAAGUUAACUAACGUGUGUUACGAGCAGCUUGAUCGUCCUGGAUUUAAUGUGCAUUCAAUAAUGGCCGGAAUAGUGAGACACAAAUGCAAAGUUAAGAUGGAAUCUCUACAUUCCCUCAAAGCUUUUACAAGUUUUUAUAUAAUUUCCAUCAAGCAAACCCUCGUUUGUAGCAAGACUACACUUUAGAAGGACAUUGUGAAAGUUCAGCAGACGGUCAUCUUGUUUGUUUGUUUGUGUAUGUGCAUGCGUGUGUACAAUGUGUGUGUCUGUCGGUAUGUAUGUGCGUGUGUGUGUCCGUGUGGUGUGUGUACGUAUGUGUGCAUAUUGAACAAGGACCUACUGAAAUAUUUAUAAAUGUGGCUACAAUGCAGCAGGAAUGGAUGAAUUUCUGGAAAACUACUAUAAGACGUGGAAAUGAACAUAUACAAUUUCUAAAUACGUCUAAUACGAGAUGAUAACUAGAAGAUAAAGAAGCAUGUAAAUGACUGUACAUAUAAGGUCAGAGGUAUUAGUUAUUAGUAUUGUGUUUGUUACACGUAAAUUGAACUGCAUGUACACUUGUGUAAAACACGCCACAUUCAAAAAGUUGAUCUGAAAUAUUUUUAAAUGUUAAAAAGAAAUCAGUUUUUUUAUUACUCUCUGCAACCAAACAGCGUCCAUCACUUUCGGCUACCCUCCGUAGCUGUUGUUGUUCAGGGACUUCUCUAAAAUGCAUAUAUGCAAGUUUUUAAACAGUGCCUUGAAAGUUAAAUGGAAAUUUGGCGAAAAUAGCAGGGCAGAGUAAAAUUUCACCAGGGAUUACGAAAUGCCACCCCUUUCCAUCUUCACAUUUAUUGGAUGUGAGUUUCUACUCUGUGUUAUCAGUACAUGCUGCCUGGGGAAUUGUAUUUUUGAAGCCAUCACUGCAAGAUCAUUGUAGGUAUUGUUUGUACAUAUCGUCAACUGAUUUUGAAAAACAAGAAAGAAAAAAAUUGGUCACAGGUCCUGCUGGAUGAAUCUACUAAAAUGAUUAUCAACAUUUGAAUCAGAUUUCGUUGUUUUUUUCUGGUGGUUUUGUAAUCCCUACUUCAUAAUUUAGGAAUUGUAUGCUCACUUUAUGGCACUUAAAAAUUCAAUUUAUAUGCCUUCAGUUAUUCAUUAUCUUAUGCCUGUUUCUUAACACAUCACAUUCGUUUCAAAUAUCUGAAUUUUGUGUGAAAACGAUGCAUUUCGUAUGCGUUGUAUACGUCGCAGGACAGCAUAUUGAGCAUGCCAUGCCGCGAUGGCUGUGUUACUCAUGUUUAAAAAAAAAGUGUAAAUAGUUUGUAUAUUUCUAACUUUAUAGUGCCUUUUAUACCAAUUUAUGGCCAGAUGUCACUCACAUCUAAUACCCUAGAAGUUUCCCAAUGAUCACCGCUUUGGUUUGUUUAAAAUUGUAUAAAAACAUGUGUACAUGUCUGAAUUAAAAAAAAAAAGUUUAAAUGUAAUUUUUGUCGUAGUGGCAUCUGGUCAUACAAGAGUUAAAACUUUUGAAAUGUUGUAAUGUUAUUUUUCUCAUGAGCUAAUAUUUUCUAUAUUUCGUCAUUACAGAGUUUAAGUUUUUCUUCAGUUUUUAGCAAUUGUCAUUAAUCAGCUAAUGUUGAAACAUUUUUUGUGGAAACGAAUUCUGCUAGUACGACUACAAAGACCAUGCAUCUUGUAGGUCUGUAUUGUUUGUCUAUUCAUGUAGCACUCAAGAUUGUAUAUUUUGAAAUACUAGCAAAAUAUUGUCAUUCAGUUACCAACGUGAUUGCAUAUUGGUAGUUAAUCUAAUUUAUUUUUUUCAUUAUGGUGUCAUUGAGUAAGUCUACAAAACUGCAUGGAGCUGUGUCUGAGAAAUGUGUAAGGAGGUGCCCAUAAGGUCACUGCAGUUUACAAUGAUCAAUCUGCAUCAGAUUGUGAUCACUAGAGGGUGCUGUUUGUACCACUAGAGGGCGCUUCUUGCAUAUAUAAAAUUCGUGCAAAACUGCAGAUCGUGUCCCACCACUGACUACUUUCAGCUCACUAAACAAGUGUAGUGAAGUCAGCCAUUGUUUUAACUUUACCUUGUAAUCACUGAUAAGUUGCAUUUGUUUUCACACAAACUUGUUUUUGAACCACAACAAAAUGUAAUCUCAAUAGACCAUUUUCCGUUCACUGCGAGAAUCACGCGUUAUGCGUGAAAUCGAACGUAAAAACAGAACAAACAAAGGUCAUAGCGUCGUAGUCGCGUCAAACAUCGCGUGGGAUUCGACAAACGCGAAGUAUUUUGGGGGACAUUUCCAUGCUUAAUAAUGAUUAAGUAAGGGUAUUCGGAAGCAAUAUUCCUCUGCCGAAGAUCGGCCGGUCAAUGUAAGCUACGAAAUAAAGAAAUUCUAGUUCAAAAUCAAAUCGUUCGAUUUUUGCGGCAGACGUUCG